GUUUUAGACUCUUCCGCGCCAGAAAUUAUCGGCACCUUGAUCUGGCGACGGGAAGUUUAUUUGAAUGGAUUUUAUAUUUUGAAAUCUUCCACGUGGUUUAGAAAGAUUUUACCGAUUUUACUGCAGCUUUAAAUCAAAGUGACCAGUCAUGGACAACAUGUUGCCGUCGCCGGGGUACAGUAUCCCCAGUAUCGGCACUCCACUCCACCAGCCAGACGAUGACAUGCAGAUCCUACCACAGGCGUUACAGCAGCAACAGCAACAGCAGCAGCAGCAGCAACAGCAGAGCCAGCAGCAGCAGCAGGGGCCGCAGCAGUCGCAGCAGCCGACGCCCACGGGGCUGGGUAACUUCACGCCGCACAGCCUGCUGCAGCCGCAGACGCCGAUGAUGUCUCCCUCGCUGCACCAGCUGCACGGCACGACGCCUUCGCACGGCGGCCACUCGAGCCACUUUAACCCGGCCACGCCGGGGCCCAUGACGCCGCUCAACCCGGCCUCCAACGACCCGGGCAUCGUGCCCCAGCUGCAGAACAUCGUCUCCACCAUUAACAUGCUGUGCAAGCUGGACCUGCGCAAGAUCGCCAUGCAGGCGCGAAACGCCGAGUACAACCCGAAGCGGUUCGCCGCCGUUAUUAUGCGUAUCCGAGAGCCCCGCACCACUGCGCUGAUAUUCAGCUCGGGGAAAAUGGUGUGCACAGGGGCCAAGAGCGAGGAUGACAGUCGACUGGCCGCCAGGAAAUACGCGCGCAUCAUCCAGAAACUGGGCUUCGACGCCAAGUUCGCCGACUUCAAGGUGCAGAACAUGGUGGGCAGCUGCGACGUCAAGUUCCCGAUCCGGUUGGAAGGUCUGGUGCUCACACACAACCAGUUCAGCAGUUACGAGCCGGAGCUGUUCCCGGGCCUCAUCUACCGAAUGGUGCAGCCCAGGAUCGUGCUACUCAUCUUCGUCUCGGGGAAGGUGGUGCUAACAGGUGCCAAGGUGCGUCAGCAGAUCUACGACGCCUUCGACAACAUCUACCCCAUCUUACGGAGCUACAAGAAGCAGUAGCGGCCGGCGCGGACCGGUACCGCGGCCCGCCGUCCCGCUGCCAGGCGGCCAGCCUUCGGAGCGGGCGGCAUGGCGGCGGUGCGGCCCGGUCUCGUUCGGCCAGAGUGUUCCAAUCGACUGUGUGUUUCUAUUGUAUUUGUGCUCGCCGGCGCCACUGGGAUGGCCCAAGUGUCACGUGACGUCCUGCGCAGUGUCCACCGUUACUGUGGGAGAGCCCGGAGUCAGGUCACGUGGGGAUGGUCAAGAUGUUAUGUUUUUGAUAAGCGGCUUUGUAAGUUGUCUGUCAGUUCAGGGCUGCGUAUGGGGGUUGUCAGGUGAGGGCUGCCUGUUGAAAGCGCUACAGCGCCUCCUGGGAAAGGGAGCAGUCGUGGUGGUGGUCCCACCCAGCGCAAUCGCUCCACUCACCGGGCCUUGAAAGUGACUACUUACCUCGCAGGCCACCCUGACAGUGUAUAAAACAUUAUCGUGUCCGUGUACAUAGGCGAUCCUUUCGCCGGAAGGUCGUUUGACUGAAUGUCUAAAACUGAAUUUCGAUAUGUUUCGUUGUGCCCUGUUAAGCCUGGGAUUGAGGUGCGACGCUUGUGUGGGUAUGAAGCUGAACAUGGAAAACAAUGGUGGCGGGUCUCACAAGAUGUCCUAUUUUAUUAGUUUCACAAUUCAGUCUGUCCAGCACACGCCAUCAUCGGCCAAUCAACGAUUCUUUGAUAUUGUUCUUGGUUAGAAUACAGUCACACGUGUCAUUUGAAA